GCAACGUGAACCUCUGCUGAACUGAACUCUGGUCGCAAGAGAUGAUCUCACCAUUGACAGUGUGAGUUCUCAGGACUCAGACCCUUUCCUCUAAAAACCCGAGCCUUUAAUUACCUCCACAACAGGUCCAAGAAGUACCAACUGCAUGUCUGCCCUGAAAUCCUCUCAAGACCUCAUUUGCUCUCGUAACUUUACGGAACUGAGGGAAACUUUUUCACGCACCUGCUCCUGUGUUCCCAAGGACCCCGGAGAGUAAUUUAGGAUGAAUUCAACAGUCUUCAACGACACAAACAGUGGAUUGUUUUCCAACAGAAGCAGCGAGAGCUUUCUUUCGUGCUGUAAUUUGUCCUCUGUGGUGACGGACAGCGGGUUCGUGUCCACGGCGCUAGACGAGCGGAGCGCGUUCAUCAUGCGCGCGGUGCAGAUAGCGGUGAUGUGCGUGCUCGCGCUCACCGUGGUCUUCGGCAUCUUCUUUUUAGGCUGCAACUUACUCAUUAAGUCCGAAGGCAUGAUCAACUUUCUGGUCACGGACAGGAGACCGUCAAAGGAUGUUGAAGCGGUCAUCGUGGGAACGUAUUAGUGCGCAAAAGUUUCUUGGUCGCAGUGUGCUGCAUGGCUAGAUAUGAGACACUGGAGAUGCAAGCACUGGUAACGUGGAACUAGCACCUCAAAGGUGUCCUGCUGUGCGCACAUUGUCUUACCUGACAUUUGAAAAAACUAGGACAUUACAUUUGUUAAGUACACUUUUACAGGGACAGUCUUAUUGGAAAAGUCUACUGUAGUUUGGCAAUAUUGAGUUCCCCAUGAAACAAUAAGGGCAGUUUGAGGUGACAGACGAAAAGUGUUUGGUGCUGACUGGAAUUAUUCAGUGAGAGAAAAAAAUCUCCUUGACAGAGACGGGACUGCUGAACCAACUACAUUGGCCAUAAGUAAUUAAUAUACAUGCACGUAGAACAAACACAAUAGUUAAAGACUGCUCAGAUUUAUGUGGGUAAACACUGCAUGCAUUUUGAGUGCUGCACGAAGGAGGUCCCCAUUUAAAACAAAGGACACUUUUUGCACUGUUGGUGUAGCUAAUGAACUUGUUUAUACUUGGAUAUCCAGCUAAAUGUGUUGUGAGAUCAAUUGUUUGUUAGAUUUACAAUUAAAUUUCUGAAGAUUUUACAAUUUGUCUAGAGAAACUGUGGUUUGCAUGUAUUGUCAUGUGAAUCUGCAUGUUUUUGAGGCUUGGGUGAUUCCGUACCAUGUUUAAUGAAAAAACCUUAUUGAACUUCAUUACAAUGAUGUAAGCAUGCCACUGAUAAAUGCAGUGAUGAUAACCAUGUGCAAAACUUCUGACUCGAAUUUUUUCAAAGCACAGUGCCAUGUGGCAAGUCCAAAACAACUGAAUCAUUAUUAUGUUUUUUGUCUUUUAUUCGCAGAAGCAGAUGAAAUAUGUGUGUCACUUUAAAAAAAGAAUUGUUGAACAAAAUUU